UUGAAAUAACCGCAUUGAUCAGCUGUUUCCGCUAUCGCUGAAGUCUCCAGUAGAGCUGUCAUUACAUCCCUCAGCAUCCUUUAAUCUUAUUUUCUUGCAGCGAUCACUGCAUUUAUAUAGAUUUAGUUUGAUUUCUGCAUAUAUAUCGUAUCGUAUAUUUGCAUAUGAAGGUAUUAUAUAUUAAUAGCACAGCACACAUUUAUUCAGCGUGACCACAGGUUGGACGAGUGUGACCCUCUCUUUUGCCCGUGUUGGUUCCCAUGGGCAGUGUGCUGGCCUUGUCAACCCGUCCGGGGCGUCAGAACUCACCCUUUCCCCAAGAAAGACCCCUGUCACGAUGGGACAGAAGAGAUGGACGGUUGCCUAACCCGGGAAGCUUUGAUGGCCUUCACCGCAGCUGCAAAGAUGUAUUUCCACAGCAGAUUGAAGGGGUCAAAUUGGUGAUUAACAAGACUCUUAGCAGUUUUUUCAAGGUCAGCCACACUUUUCACCUGAGUGCUGUUGCUCCAUCUGCUUAUCGCUUACAUGCUGAACACCUACAAUCAGACGCUGACAGCAAAGAAACAUACUCCCCUAUUCUUAUUGGUGAAAUGGACUCUUCUGGCAGCCUAAAUGCACACUCUUUAUUUCAUCUAAGUGAGAAGAUAAGAGCUAAAGCAGUUUUUCAGACUCAGCAGGCACAGUUUGUCACGUGGCAGUUUGAGACUGAAUACAGGGGCAGUGACUUCACGGCGGCAGUCACUAUGGCCAACCCUGAUGUUCUGAGAGAAUCAGUCAUCAUGGUUGCGCACUUUCUUCAGAGUGUAUCCCCACAGCUGGUACUGGGGGGAGAGCUGGUGUACCAUCGCGGUCGUGCAGAAGAAGGUGGCAUUCUUACCCUGGCUGGCCAAUACUCGGGGCCAAAUUGGGUGGCAACACUAAAUGCUGGUAAGGGAGGCGCGCAUGCUAGCUACUACCACAAGGCCAACAAACAGAUUCAGGUGGGAGUGGAGUUUGAGGCGAGCACUAGGACCCAGGAGACAACAUUCUCUUUUGGUUACCAAAUGGAACUUCCGGAAGCUAGAAUGGUUUUUAAAGGAAUGCUGGACAGCCGCUGUAUCAUCGGUGGGGUUCUCGAGAAGCGACUCUGUCCUCUUCCUGCAACGUUAAUCAUGGGAGCCUUCGUCAAUCACAGAGCAGACAAGCUGCAGGUCGGCCUUGGAGUCAAUGUAGGUUAGAUAUGAACCCUAACUCGAUAGCGGCACCACUCAAGAACAUUCAAAUUCACCUUCAUGCCUGCCUAAUCGGUCCACCACCAACUGCGGAGGCUGACCGCCGCCCUGUUUGGUUUCCUGGACAGUCGUGGUGUUCAUGGCGAGCAGGGAUGAAGUGUUUCGAUUGCAGACUGGUAACACAAAGACAUCCAUGAUUUCCUUGAUGUUACACUUCUGUCCCGUCUAAUAAAGCCGGAUGUUUCCAUGCUGU